AAAAUAAUAAUAAUAAUAGGGAUCCUUAAAGAAAGUUGAAGAAAUUUCAAGGGCUUUCCAAUAAUUACACCUAAAACAAUACUGUUAUUCGGAUCCUUAUCGGAUCCUAUACAGUGAUUCGGAGCUCCGAUUAGAUACACAAGAGACGCCGUCGCGCCGACUCCCGCCCCAAAAGCUCAUCAUCGUCUUCGAACGAAAACCUCGGGAGCUCGAAAAUGGUGGCCAUGGAGGCCAUCAACGCGAUCAUCGCCAUCGCCUUCAUUGUUCUCAUCCCUCUUCUCGCCACUAUUCUCCACAGCCGCCGCUCCGGCACUGUUGCCAUCGCCGCCCAGUGGCCCUGCUCGGAUCCACAGAGCAAACCCCAGAACCGCUUCAAGAGUGUGCUUGCCGAUAACUCUUACACCCCUUUCGCCCAUCUCAAGCUAGACGAUGGUGAAAUCUCUCAGAAAGCGCACCCGUACGAAGAGUUGAUCACCAAUUUGCUGAGCAACCCUCCGGAUCCGUCGAACUUCUUCUCGACGAGCUGCGAUUGUCCCGAAAUGAGCGAUUCGUAUGUUUGGGUUGACACGGAGGAGAAAUUGGAGUCGCUUGCGAGGUUGCUGAGUGAAGAGCGAGUGUUUGCUGUUGACACUGAGCAUCAUAGUCUUCGCUCUUUCCUCGGAUUCACUGCUUUGAUGCAGGUGUCGACGCGGAGGGAGGACUUUUUGGUGGACACGAUCGCGUUGCAUGAUGUGAUUGGUGUGCUUCGUCCCGUGUUCGCUGAUCAAUCCAUUUGUAAGGUAUUUCAUGGAGCUGAUAAUGAUGUUAUUUGGCUCCAGAGGGACUUCCACAUAUAUGUUGUGAACUUGUUUGAUACUGCAAAAGCAUGUGAGGUUCUCUCUAAGCCCUACAAAUCUUUAGCUUAUUUGCUGGAGACAUAUUGUGGGGUAUCAACUGACAAAACUCUACAGCGUGAAGAUUGGAGAAUACGUCCUCUCUCACCAGAGAUGGUUCAAUAUGCUCGAACUGAUGCUCACUACCUGUUAUAUAUCGCCAAUUGUUUGGUCUCAGAACUUCAAAGGAAAACCCAUUACACUUCAGCUUCUUCCGAUGACAAAUUCAAUUUUUUCUUGGAGGCCAGCCAUCGAUCAAACAUGAUCUGCAUGCAACUUUAUACAAAAGAGCGUGAAUCUUCUCCUGGAGCUUCUGCUGCCGCAUCUAUAUGCAUGCGUAAUUUUAACUUCCAGGGAAGUGCUUCUGAGGACUGCCUUGAAGCUAAGGAUCGAAUAUGGAAAUUGUGUGCUUGGAGGGACAUAAUGGCUCGCAUCCAUGAUGAAAGUUUGCGGUAUAUCAUGUCAGAUCAGGCUAUAGUAUCUCUUGCUACAAAAGCUCCAAAGGAUGCAAAAGAAAUCCAUGACAUUGAAGUGGAAGCUGAUAUGAGUUAUUGCUCUUCAACUAAUUAUCCUUCCCUUCCAUCUCCAUCACCUGUUGUCAUUGCCCAUAUGGGUGAACUGUGCUAUCUACUUCAGGAGGUGAAUAGCAACAUAGAUGAUAUGUUCAGAAGAUACCUGCAAAAGCAUCUUGACCCCUCUGGUUGCUGCCCAUUAUCAAUAUAUAAUUGUUCUCUUUUGUCUGAGCUCAAUUUAAGGCAGCCUACUACGUUAUUCUUGAAGCAAAAUGGAGGACAUUCUACAGUGCCAGUUGGAAAGAAAGCCUCUCGGGAACUCUUCGUUCAGAAAUUCUCAUGCAAAUCUCCCGUUUAUCAUAAUUAUAGGAUUUACGCAAAUGAUGGCCGACUACUCUGCUUCUGUGAUCGCAGAAAACUUGAGUGGUAUCUUCGGCGAAAUCUUGCAAAAAUUGUUGAAGAUGAUCCUCCAGCAAUAAUGCUCCUUUUUGAGCCCAAAGGGCGUCCAGAAGAUGAGGGCAAUGACUUCUAUAUUCAGAGUAAGAAGAAUAUAUGUGUUGGAUGUGGUGAAAAAAAUCACUAUCUGCGUUACAGGAUAAUACCAACGUGCUACAGAAUGCACUUUCCAGAGUACCUGAAAAGCCACAGUUCGCAUGAUAUUGUACUUCUUUGUGUGGAUUGCCAUGAAGUUGCUCAUUCAGCUGCAGAGAAGUAUAAGAGGAAGGUAGCAGCAGAGUUUGGGAUCCCUCUUUUUGUCCAAACAAUUGUUGAAUCUAGAGAAAACAUGAUAGAUGCAGCUACAAAAUCUGAAGAUACAGAGAAGGAAACUGGCGUUUCUCCUUUGCAGUUGCGCAUUGCAGCAAUGGCUCUCCUACGCCAUGGCUCCACCAUGCCCUUAAAAAGACGUGAUGAGCUGACCGAGAUUGUGAAGGCAUACUUUGGAGGAAGGGAUAUAAUUCAGGACGACCUUGAAAGAGCAUUGCUUGUUGGUUUGAGUCCUCAUGAGAGAAGACGGCUUGAGAAGAAACGCGGGUUAUCUUUUAAGCAUCGUGAUAUUGAUGCCGUUGCUAAGGAUAAUUCAUAUAUUACUUCAGUGACAAAUCAAGAUAAUGGCAAAAUAAGCAAUAAACUUGAAGUAUCACGAGGAUCAACGACAUAUGAAAGCACCGAAGGACAAGAUGCAUCUGUGGAUAUAAAUGAUCAAUUAGAAGAUAAUUUUCUUACAGAUGACAAUGAACAGAAUGCUGAUGGAGAGACAUCUCAUCAAGGAAGGGGUUGCAUUUCAACUACUGAUACCCCAAAUGAGGAUCCAUCAGAGCAAGCUGAUGCAAUUUGUUCUUCAAGUUCUGGUCAAGUUGUCAAAGCUAAUCGUACCAAGAUGGUAUCCUUGCUGGGACACGGACCUCAUGGGAAAGAGGUCGUCAAGUAUUUACUGAACAAUCAUGGAGAAGAAGGAAUUAGGAAUUUUUGCCAAAAGUGGCGACAAGUGUUUGUGGAUGCUACUAACCCUCGUUUUUUACCUGCUGGAUGGGACAUAAUGCAUAGUGGAAGACGAGAGUUUGGUGAUUAUAGUGUCUACAACCGUGGCAAGAAAGCACUGCCUCCGCCAAGCACUAUUUUGUAAUGAGGUCUGUUUUUCACACAGAAUUGCAACUUGUUUUGUUAUUUUCUCGAUGGAUUUUGUCUAGCAAUUUGUCAAAUUCCAUUUUUGAGCUUUUUUCCCCAUGAGAACCCCUCUCAUGAAUAAUCCAGGAUUUGAUAUUGCAGGGUGUUUCAUCGCGUAUCUUCUUCGGCUUUUUGUUGUGCUCUUAGAAAUAGUGUUCCCUUUUUUACCCCAAUUUGUCACAAUGCUUGUAUUCUUGGCUCAUUAGCAUUGUCAGAGAGUUUAUAGAAGAGAAUGAAGAUUCAAGUUAGUCUCUGAUUUC